AUGGCCGCUGUUGCAACCCUCAGCCGCGUAGAUAUUCAGAAGGUCGUUGACACUGGGGCAGCAACGGGUGGACCCACUGACGAUGAAAAGGCCAAAUUUACAAGCGAUGCCCUUGGCGAAUUGAGAAAGGAUGAUCAGGUCAAGAUAUUCGAGGACAAUGUCAAGCAGGUCGGAGUUUGGGCCAAUCAAGUCGACGCGGCUUUCGACAACGUAACGCGCGGCUUUGAGAGUAUGAAUACCAAAUAUGGCCAACAAUUUCCCGAGAUUUCUGCCUACCUCAAUGAAUGGAAAGGUUAUAAGGGGAGUUGGGUGCAAUAUCUAGCGAACUCGCGCAAUGUUGCGUCCACACACAUCACAAUCCUCAGGCGCUUUGACCAAGUUUUCCUGAAUAUGGUGGAAAAUAUUAAGACGGACCAGGAUCGUGUGGCCGUCAUCGGUGAACUCCAGAAAUUCAUUGACGAAAAGCAUGACGAUUCUACCCAAAUGUCGCAGGACUUUCUCAAUCUUAAGCGCGAUAUCGAGGCUUUUGUCGGGAGAUUUGAUCAAUGGAUCGUGGACAAGGGGGUGCAGCUUGAAGCGCAGGCGAAUCAAUUGAUACAGGAUAUUAACGGUCUUCAAGGAGAAAUAUCAGCUUUGGACAAGAAGAUCAAUGAUGCCACAAUCGCGCUUUCGGCCAUGGGCAUGUCUCUGAAUAUUUUUGGAUUAAUUGUCGCCGGCUCUGUGCUCGCUUCGUACAAAUCAGAUCGCAAUAGCAAGGCCGCAGAUCUCGCCAAGAAAAAAAAGGACCUUGCAGAUGUCAAUCAGAAACAGACAGAUCUAGCUAAUCUCAAGACCGAGUUCAAUGGCUUGAAACCGGACAUUAUGUUGAUUUGCGAGAAGCUGGUUUUAUUCGCUGAAAUAUGGUCUUCGGUUCAAAGCCAAACUAUACAGUUCCAGGAACAUCUCAAGGGUGGAACAGGAUCCGAAACUAACAUUAGGUUCAGAAUGGAGGUUCAGCUUGCCAGAGCGGUAUGCUCGCCCCUCGUGAAUGGUCUUGCGCAAUACUCUACCGUACUGGAGAACCGUACCACCAAUGCAAGCGGCUAA